GAAGAUCUGCAGCUCACAUCUUGCUGCGAAAUUGUGUUUACAGAGGGGUUCAUGUGGGUGUCGGUGACAAGUCCUGUGGAUUGCUGAGGACAAAACCACGAAGCUCUCGGUAGUGGAAGAGCAAGCAAGCAAGCUCCUUUUCAGGAAUCGGCAAAUGACAGGCUGCCGAGGUUGAGGAUGACACAGUUCUUCGCUGCAUGACGACCGAGGAUCGUUGACCUACUUUUUUCACGAACCCAGCUCUCAUUUUUUUUGUUUUCCAGGAGCGGAGAAGAGCUUGAAGCGAUUGUGUCAUUCAGGGUUUCAGAGCUUUGGUGUGCUUUCGGUGGUAGUUCGACUUGCGGAGGAGUUGGGUAUAGAUCGGUGUGAGGUGUUGUGAAGUGUUAGGGGGUUUUGGAGUUUAUAUGGUGGCUAUGGCGCCGGGUAGUCGGAGGCAAUGGUGGAUAUUUUUGGCGGUGUUGGUUUUGGUGGGGUUAGGGUGUGUGGAUCGCGGCAAGGCGCUGAUGACCACCAUCACGCACCAGGAGUGCGUGUACGAGGAAGUGGAUUAUGAGGGCGACACAGUUUCUGGUAGCUUCGUGGUGAUCGAUCACGGACUUGCGUGGGCCGAUGAGCCGGGCGUGGAGCUUGUGGUAACGAGUCCCAUUGGCGCGAAGGUUAUUGGUAUCACUGCUAAAGAAGGCGAGAAAUUUGAGUUCGUAGCCCAUCAGCGGGGUAUGUACAAGUUCUGCUUCAACAACCCUGGGCCUACUCCUGAGACAAUCUCGUUCUACAUCCACGUUGGGCACAUCUAUGGCCUUAUGGACCUUGCAAAAGACGAACAUUUGAAGCCUCUGAAUGUAAAUAUAGCACGAGUCCGAGAGGCUCUUGCAGCUGUGUCUGGAGAGUUGAUUUACUUAAAAGCUCGUGACCGUCGGCAUCGUAUCACAAACGAAAGCACCCAGAGGCGAUUAAUAUCUUAUACCGUAGGGGAAUACAUAUGCCUCAUUGGUGUGAGCCUUGGUCAAGUAUACCUCAUCCGCAAGCUUUUUGACAAGCGCCUCGGAUAUAACAGGGUUUGAUUGCAGUUCCUUUGCAGAUCAGUCCGUGUUGCAGGAGGACGCAUUCCUGCCCAGGCGCUGGGAUCACAGGUUUUUCUAGCUGAAAUGGUUUUGUAGGCAAUGCACCAAAGUAUCUUGCAACUGACACUUCAUAUUUAAUAUGAUAUUGUAUUCACUGUUUCCGGUCGCCAAAGUUCAUGGAUUACGUUUCAGUAGUCUGAAAGAUUGGAUCCUCUGUAA